AUGUCGUUGGCUCACUAUUUUUGUGGUUUCCUGGGGCAGGCAUUACUCUUUUUGCACUGUUUUAUACCCUUGGUAAUAUAUUCUCUCUUGGAAGGUAACUGCUACUUGCAUGCUAAGCGUCGUGUUAGUACAAUUUUUCUGAUGGGUCCUAUGAAUCAACUGAAGCGGAUGUUUCAAGAGACUAGGAUAUUUGCGGCAGUAUUCAUGCUGGUUUCCCUAGUUCUUACAAUCAUAUUUGCACUUUUGGGUUUACGUCUACUGUGUCUAAUAUUCUGUAUCCUGCAGUCCUUAGCGCUGACGUGGUAUUCCUUGUCCUAUAUUCCGUUUGCUAGAGACGCAGUAAAACGUUUAUGUUCUUCGUGCAUUGGAUAA